AUGAGAAAGACGUCCUCUUUCUGGCUGUGCAAACUCUCUUCAAAAAUCGUUGGAAAAUUGAGAGGUGGAUGCUGGUGGUCCUUGGUCGAGUGCGCGCUGGUAUACGUACUGGGUGGAAUUGACGACAAACAGUACUUCAACGAUAUUUGGGUUCUCGACAUCAACACAUCCUUUUGGGCUCGACUUAAUAUUUCGGGUAGCGUGCACGCAUGGCAUUUGGAAAUUACAAUUGGCCCAAUAUCGUUUUCUCAUGACGAUGACUUGUCACCAACGUAUAACGAGUUGGAGGCUGCAAGAAGAGCAGCCCCAAUACCCGAGCCAUCGUUCGAGUGCUCGACUCUAAUGCUUUUCGCGACUUCCUUCCCGAGCAACUCCUGCAAUACCCCAAGGACACCAGCAGCUGCCAGCCGGGCGCCACGUGUCGCGAUGAUGUGGCAGAGGCGGACGACAGCUCUUCUUGUUUUUAAGGAGGUGUGGGAUAUCUGA